ACGAGGUAAGAGGCAGGCGGGAUGGAGCGGCCCAAACCAAGGGCACCCAGGCCUGCCGCAGGUGGCGCCUGGUGUUGUUGCUGUUGUUGUUGUUGUUGUUGUUAGGGAGGAGUGUGUGAGUGCUGGCUCAUGCCCACAGGAGCACGGCGCGUACCUUUCACUGCGCGUAUCAGCUGGUAAUUAGAGCCAAGCGCCGUGGGACCUGAUGCGUCAGCGCAUGAAGCGGGGGCCCGGGCCGCGCCUUGUUAUCACCAGGUGUUCGGAAACAUAAAAAGUCCUUCCCUGCGAUCCGCCACCAGGCCCCACCCGAGAAGACCUGCAGCCGCGCGUGUGGAGGGGAAACGGUGAAAAUAACGGAUACGGAGGUCCGGUGUUUGGUGUGGAAUCCUUGUUUGUCCAGUGAUGAGGACAAACAAGGAAGAGAACAACAUUACUGCCCUCUAGGGGCGUCGUUUCCCAUCUCUCAGACACCCAGGGGUUACACUGACAUGGGGUUAGUAUCGAUUAGAGGCCAAUUCAAAUGAUGUGUCAACCAAUAGAAUAAUCCAAAAAUAUAUGAUCACGAGUAGAGGUCCUUACUACAUAAACAUAUCAUAUAUAUAUAUCUUCAGGUACUAUAAGCCAUGAGAUAGUAAAUAUGAUGACUUGAUGAGUAAGUAGGGUUUUUUUGGAGCAGGUUGGUGUUUAGUCCAGCUGGACCCACUACUGAGGCGGACAUGAUCAGUUUGUCUCUUCAAAGCCUUUCAUUAGACACAGAAGGCAACAACUCAAAUAUCCCAAAUGGGACCAGAGGCCCCAACUAGAGGCCGACGUUGGUCAUGACUGGAUUCAUCCGAAAAGUUACUAAAGAAGAGUAAAAAAAGUCAUUUAAAAAAAAUGAAAGUAAAGUAGAAGUGCAAUGAAACAUGCAAUAUUUUAAACAAGUACACGUCGAUCCAGACGAUCCAGAUUUAUUCUUGAUGGGUUUAAUCUGUAAUCCCUCCAUGUGGAGACAUGACAGUUGUGUUGGGUUUCCAGACACAAUGGGACACAUGUCCACGCCUGCUCCGUCCUCUCGGCCCCACUGAGAGUACACACACACACACACACACACACAAUAGGUGACCAAUGGGCAGACAUGCAACCCCUCUCACAGGGGAGCACACACAGUACCAGGAGACAUGAAGUUAUAUGAAAGACCACAGCAGAGAAAAUCCUUCUGUAAGUCCUUAAGUGGAGAGAGGUCUUCGGGCUGCGGCUCCUCAAACGUCAACGUGUGAUGUUUGUGUCUUCUGACCUGAGGGACGGAGGGAUCGAUGGACAUUUUGAGCCAUGUAUAAUCUCAGCAUCGGAAGCGAGGUGUGGAGAUCCUGUGUCCACUGAGGCGAAGCCCCGGAGGACCUCAUGGGGCUGUCAAAGGGGAACAGUUUCUUCUUCAGCUCCUGGAAUGGAACGGCUUUGUUCACAUGUGAGCUGAGCAUAAAGACUGAAGAGCCAGAGCCAACGGUUCUGAAAAGAGCUUUUGUGCUGGAAAGGAGUUUUCUCUUCUGAGAAAAAAACGGCUGAAAAAAGAAAGGAGAGAGGUGAAAUCCCAAUUAAAAAGAGACUGUCACGGUUUGGGUCCUCUUCCUGUUUUAUUUUGUAGUUUCUUGUCUCUCGUGUCUCUGGGUGAACUUCACUUCCUGCCUUGUCUUGUGAUUGCCUGAUUGUUUCCACCUGUGUCCAAUCACCUGCACCUCCCUUGUGUAUUUAAGCCCCGUGAGCCUGUUGUCCCUCGUCGCGUCAUUGCCUAUUGUCCCUCGUCGUUGGUGCACGUUCUUUAGUUUUGUGUUUGAUUAAAGAGCACUCUGUUCGAGAAAUCCUGCGUUUGAGUCCUCCCUGCAACCGGCUCCAGCUGCUCCCCGACAGAGCCGUUGGAAUGGGCCUGAAUAAGUGGUCCAAUUUAAAAUGACACAGAAAACUAAAGCUCGUUAGGUAGAGCGUCUCCUCGCGUGUGUUUGUCUUCAUUAUGGAUGCUGAUGAAGAGGGAGCCUCUGGCCUCAGCGUCUUCAUCACUGUGUGGAUGACGCUGCUUGUGUUCCUUCCCAAAUCCACAAAGAUCGAAGACCAGCUCUCUGUUUGGGUCUCCACCAACCCUGAAGUUAAACAUCUGGAUCUCCAUCUGCGUCCGCUGGCUGGUUGACGGUGGCGAGUAAACAUCACUGAGAGGACUGAAUCCAAAUGUAGCAUACAGCUGCCUGAAUGAUAACCAGGAGGAGGGGGACCCUGCCAGGAUCUUCAACGUGGCACCGGUCGAGGUGUCCCCUCUGUUUCCUGCUGUCCAACCCGGCUGACAGCUAGCCACCGCGCAGGCCAUGGAGGUGCCGCUCGUAAAUUUUGAGAACAUGGACGACGUUGGCAUCCACCUGGGAGACCCGAGUGACUCCGGGUACCCAACGUCCCCCCCGUCGGAGGCCCCCGAUCCGAAUCUGUUGACCCACCGCCUGAGCUCGCCGCGCCAGUCGCCGGGCAGAGGACGACGCGGGCAUCAUUCUGGUCAAGAGGGGCUGUCGCCGUCCUCUCCCCCGACUCUGACCACCAAAGCGGCCUCCAGCAGCGGAAGCCUGAUCUCCAAUCUGAAGCUCCUAAUCAACAGCGAGUCUCCCACCGACAGCGUCUUCAGUAAGAUGCCGAGGGACUGCUGCGAGAAUGAAGACUUGUUUGAGAAGCACUUCGUUGAAGAAAAGGACGAGAAGGUUGUCAUCAAUGUUUCCGGCCUGAUGUUCGAGACCCAGCUCAGCACGCUGAAUAGGUUUCCAGAAUCGUUGCUAGGGGACCCCAUGAAGAGGAUAAGCUACUUUGACCCCAUGAAGAACGAGUACUUCUUUGACAGAAACCGCCCGUCGUUUGAUGGUAUUCUGCACUUCUAUCAGUCGGGGGGGAGAAUCCGCAGACCAGUCAACGUUCCUUUAGAUGUUUUUGCGAAUGAAAUAGUUUUCUAUGAGUUGGGUCACGAAGCGAUGGAGCAGUUCCGCGAAGACGAGGGGUUUAUCAAAGAGCCUGAGGUCCUAUUGCCCACCAACGAACUCAAACGGCAGUUCUGGCUCCUGUUUGAAUACCCGGAAAGCUCCAGUGCAGCCAAAUUGGUCGCUUUAGUCUCGGUGUUCGUCAUCGUCAUUUCCAUCGUCAUCUUCUGCCUAGAGACUCUGCCAGAGUUCAGGGAGGACACUGACUUUGUCCCGAGUUUAACCCAACUCCUCAACGGGACCCAAUCGGCCACUCAUCCCGCCACCAAAGACGUGUUUGCGUAUCUGACGGAUCCCUUUUUCAUCGUGGAGACCAUUUGCAUCGUUUGGUUCUGCUUUGAAGUUGGUGUCCGCUUUGUGGUGUGCCCCAGCAAAAGGGAUUUCUUCAAUAACAUCAUGAACACCAUUGACAUCGUCUCAAUAAUUCCCUACUUUGUCACCCUGGGAACCGAGCUGGCCACGACGCCCGAUGAGGAUUUGAACUCCAGCCAGAACAUGUCCCUGGCGAUCCUGAGAAUCAUCCGUCUGGUGAGGGUUUUCAGAAUUUUCAAGCUCUCCCGACACUCGAAAGGCCUUCAGAUCUUGGGGCAGACGUUGAAAGCCAGUAUGAGGGAACUCGGGCUUCUCAUCUUCUUCCUUUUCAUAGGAGUCAUCCUGUUCUCAAGCGCCAUCUACUUUGCAGAAGUGGAUGAGCCGCAGACGCAGUUUGUCAGCAUCCCCGACGGCUUCUGGUGGGCCGUGGUGACGAUGACCACGGUGGGAUACGGAGACAUGUGCCCCAUCACAAUUGGAGGCAAAAUGGUCGGCACCCUGUGUGCCAUCGCCGGCGUCCUGACCAUCGCCUUGCCCGUCCCCGUCAUCGUUUCCAACUUUAACUAUUUCUACCACCGCGAGACUGAGCAGGAGGAGAAGCAGGUGAUGGACGCAGCCGCAGAGGCCGCGCAGAAAAUGUCAGCGGCAAACAAGUACGGAAGCACGCCGUCUUUAAACAAAAGUAACGGCACCUGGCAGAGUGAGAAGAACGGCACGCCGCAAUAGAGGAAGCAUGUCCAGGGCAUGAGAACGUGCCCCGCGGUGAGUUCCUCCUUAUUCUCACUCUGUUUUGUACCGUGGACAUUACGACAGUAUUAAAAGGCCCUGUGUGGUGAGACGGCCUCUGAAUGAGGGCGUCCGUCUGCUUGUGGAUGUGUCAAAGUGCAAUUAACACAACUCACUCCAAUGAGAAGAACUCUUUCUUUCAGGGCAAUUUGAAGAAAAAUAUGAUGGCUCACUUGCGUGCGAUUAGCAUUUCAAAUGUAGACGGUUGGAGGAAAGAAAUUGUUAAUUUUGGUCAGAUUGGUCGUGUAGGAUCUACGGUACAUAAAACCACAUUCAUCGAGAAAAUAUACGGGAUGAUCUGGAAUUAUACUCAGAGCUCAGAGUCUAUCUUCCCUUCAUAUUCAGCAAAACUUUAAUAAAACUUGGCUUGACUUUCAAGGGCAGGCGAAGGCGUCCUGUGGAAGAGGACACACAUUGUGUUAUCAGCAAAUCUAUAGUUGUACUCAGCCAGCAGAACUUCUCCACAUGACACAGUGCAACAAUAUCAGGGCGAUAAGUAGUCGGCACCUUUGCACGUCCGUCAUUAGCCUUAUGGAUGCAAAAUGUAACUAUUAUAGUACAUGCAGUAGUUUCAUGCAGCUUUAAAAAUCCCAAUAUAUAUUUCAUGUCAUAUUAUUUUGCACCCUACACCAGAUUAUCACCUUCUGAUAUUAUCACUAUAUGAAUUUGCCCUUUAAAAAGCAUAUCAAUGCCUUCAACUGGAAGCUUAUUUCACAAAUAUCUCUCCUGCUUUGUUGGAGCUUUACACCAUCAGCUGUUGGCAGGGAAAGCACAUUUCUGCAUAGAUGUAUGAGAUGUGUGUGUAUACCAUGUAUGUAUGUAUAUAUGUACAUAUAUUUAUAUAUACAUAUAUACAUACAACCAGACAGAGAAAAAAACACUUUGCACACUUGUAUUUGACCAUAUCUCCAUUUAACAUCUCAAUUGUAUUGCAUGACAUUAUGUGCCGAAAAAAGGCCCAACUCUUAUUAGGAGGAACUGAAUGUUUGACAUAUUCAUCGUACCGAUAUGUCAUGAUCUUUGAAUCGUGUGAUGAUCAAUAUAUUACAUGUGAUUGGGAAACCUCAACUCAAUUUGUGAAAUGAUGACAGCAAGUGAUGCGGUGUGUGUCUCAUCAGGAAAUCGGUUUCUAUGUAUGCAUGCCACGUAUAUAUAUCUUGAAAACUGACUGUAUUUGAGUUCAUUAUAAGUAUGAAUACAGCUUGUACAGGAAUGUCAGCGGACGUAGAUGCAACACAAGCAAGGCCUUUCUAAUAAUCCUGCAAUAUGCAAAUGAUGAUGACGUGUGGGUGGAAAAGCGCUUUUCACCUGUUGAAAGGGCAAUAACGAAUCGAUCCAAAUGAGACGCAAUAAGGUGACAUCAGUUCGUCACCUUGGUACUCAGCACUUUACUAUGCUAUGAAGCACUUAAUAUUUAAGGACUGUUACUGUGUGUGUCAACAUUUUACGGUGUACAGUGUCAGAAUGUUUAAUUUAUUCUCUUAAGAGUGCCUUCCAUUAAACAUGUAUCCUA